AUGGGCCUGCUGGACAGAGCAGUCAGCCAGGGCACGGCUCAGUACGUAAUCUACGCCUGCUUGGCAGCCCCCGCCUUCGCCUUCGGCCUUCGCAUGUACAACGCGCGCAACGAGUACAACAGGUCGAAUCCCUACCAGUCCCAGUACGCCAAGGCGGACUCCACUCCCCAGACUAGGAGGAAGUAG